GUUUUGAGUAAUUAAUAUUAAAAGCCAGGGAAGGAAAUAAAACAAAAACCGCUAGGGUUUUAGUCACUUACUCUGUUCUUCUUCGUUCACUAUAAGCAUUUCUCUCUGAAUGCUGUCACUUUUAUAUGGAAAAUCCAAGCCUUCAAGACUAAUAAAUUGAACAAAAGGAAAGAAAAUAGGAUACGAUAAAAAGCGUGGAACUGAGAAAGAAUGGAAGGUAGAUUGGCGAAUGCGUGGCGGUUGACAGCGAACGACAAGAGUUUCAUCAGAACUGCUUUGCUUUCUGAAAUUCGAAUCGAUGGACGAAAGCCCUAUGAAUACCGUAAGAUUGUUGUCAAGUUUGGCAGAGAGGAUGGCUCAUCAGAGGUGCAGCUAGGCCAGACUCAUGUUAUGGGCAUUGUUACUGCUCAACUGGUUCAGCCUUACAGAGACCGACCUAAGGAAGGGGUACUUUCGAUCUUCACCGAGGUUUCUCCAAUGGCUGAUCCUUCAUUUGAGCCAGGCCGUCCUGGAGAAUUGGCUGUGGAGUUGGGACGUAUAAUUGAUCGUGGUCUAAGGGAAAGCAAGGCUGUGGAUACUGAAUCACUGUGUGUUCUAGCUGGCAAGUUUGUGUGGGCUAUUCGAAUUGAUCUCCACAUUCUAGACAAUGGAGGAAACCUUGUUGAUGCUGCUAAUAUUGCUGCUUUGGCUGCUCUGCUGACAUUCCGGAGGCCUGAAUGCUCAUUAGGAGGAGAAGAUGGUCAGGAAGUAAUAGUACAUCCGCCUGAGAUAAGGGAGCCUCUUCCUUUGACAGUGCAUCAUCUUCCAAUUGCGAUAACCUUUGGGAUUUUUAGUAAUGAUAGCAUUCUGGUAAUAGAUCCAACCCACAAUGAGGAAGCUGUUAUGGGUGGACGAAUGACUACAACAGUUAAUGCAAAUGGUGAUAUUUGUGCAAUUCAAAAGGCUGGUGGAGAAGGUAUCCCUCAAAGAGUUAUCAUGCAAUGUUUGCAGCUUGCUACUGCAAAGGCUGCGGGAAUAACAAAGCAAAUUAAAGAAGCAGUUGAAGUGUACAACACAGAAAGAGCAUUGCGAAAGAUCAAGCGCCACCCUACCUCUAUUGGUGUUAAUGUUAAAGAGAAACAAGACCAGUCUGUUGAUAAGUAAAUCGGUCACCAGAAAAGUAUAUGGAGAGUUUAAAAGUAGAACCAUGGGAAAACUAUUGAUGCAGUAUGGAGAGUUUAAAGUGGAACCAUGGGAAAAUUGUUGAUGCGGUCAUCAAGGAUCCUCAUUCAUUGCUUGUUCUUGUGUAAUUUAGUUUUGCAUUGUUUACUUUAUUUUAUUUCAACAUUAUUCAAGGAAUUUAGGUUUUUUCAUUCUGUGGUCCAAGUUGGUUGCUUACUAGGGGUUUCAAGUUUGUUUCUUAUUGUUGACCCUGGUUGUAGUUGGUUUAGAAGUAUCUAGCAAUCUUCAUAAAUAUUUAGUGUAAUCUUCAUUUUUGGUAAAUACAUGAUGAAUGAAAUUAUAAGUGUUUUGCUGUA